UCCACUUACCGAUUACAAACCAAUUUUUCGGGAAGAUCGAACCAGUUUAGCAAAUUCUUGCUCAAAUUUGUGAGUAUCAAACUUGCGUGGAUAUUCUGAGCUAGGAAUUGGAUUCGAGGGAAGCGGGGGUUUGGUAAUUUCGACGUCGAUUAUAUUACCUAGACCGAAUAGCGUUGGACCCAGAGUUAAUAUGCUGCUUGGCAACGGAGCGGCUCUAGUAAAUGCACAUUUUUCGGUUGUGGGUAGCGCCGAAAAUACUCACGUCACCUUUGAAACCAGAUUAUGCAACGACUUUGGUCGAGGAAUCUGGUGAGAUGCCCACGAUGUAGGUGAUCGUCCUACGGUGGUGAGUGCGUAGAGUAAAAAUCCAGGACCACGCAUGUGUCGUGUAUCAUCGCACACUUGCCAUGCGAGGACCUCCUGCGCUAUGUUCCCGCAGGGUGUGCAACCUAGAUCAAGUCUCGCGUCGUAUGCGCUUUUCGUUGAUGCAAUGGAGGUGUAUCCACGAUUUUCGAGAGGAAAAUCGUUUGUAGAGCCGCCGUCUGGAGUCUCACUCGACCCUCGUGAAUGACCCUCGUUCAGUUUUAGGGAUAACUACUGAGUCCGAAUUUCUCCCUUUCUUUCUUUGUCCCUGUUUGUUUAUGUUUAUGUUUAUGUUUUUUUUUUUUUUUUUCGAUCCUUCAUCAUUUUGGUGUACGUGUGUGAUACGUCCGACGUAGCCUGUCUGAGUCAAUCGCUGCUUUGGUUUAGCAAAUGCUGAGCACGGACUCCUAUGUGACAGAAAAAAAAGCAUAACUUAGUGUUUGCAACGUUAGAAGGGUUUUGAAUUCAGAGUUUACAUUAGAAUUUGGGAGUUGUGAGCAAAACCAAUCGGGUGUUUUGUUGACUGAGCGCUUGGCACAUGUUUACUGCCGUUUUUCGAGCUGAAAAGGAUUUUGGGACGGAGCACCACUGCAGCAUUAUGUGAGAGCGCACUGUGGAAGCUAGAACGUUAGACCGAUGUGGACUUUGGGCGGACUUUUGUUCGAGGGAGUUUGUGAGGAUUUAUUUACACCAAAAUGUCUGUAACGAUGGUCACUCAAAUUUAGGUUUCUUGGGGUUCAAGCAAUUCGUGGGCUGGUCUCCGUUCAUCUGGGUCGGUUUGUAAUCUUCCUGUGGUAUGUUAUUCCACCAAAAUGUGCUAUCAGGGGUCUGGCGAAGGUGGUUCAGAAGCUAAUAUGCACAAAUGGUCGGUCAGAUAAUUUUCUUGAGUGAAUCUUGAUGCCUAGGGUGUUGAGUUGGUUUCGACUCUCCGCAAGUUGAAUAAUCGUGACUGAAAGUACCUAGUUGGGGAGGUUGAGUCGAGAUUGAGUGGACCUAUUUUUGAAGCUUGAAGCGUUGUCAGCUUGCUUUGAAGAUCAUUUACGCACUAAAUCUUUUUUUACCGGGUCCACAGUAGGAGCAGGCUGAUAAUGACAUUGUAAUUGCAGAGAGAGAGAGAGAGAGAGAGAGAGAGAGAGAAGGGGGGAGGGAGAGAUGGAAAGUGGGACAGGUCAUCGCAGUGGCUCAGGACAUCAAGAUACAGAGGAUGGAGACCGAGCUCGAAUUGGUGAUCACUCGCAGGAGUUGGCCGAUGUGGAUCUCUCAUCUUCCCCUCGUACUCCGGUCCGGCAACAUGUCGCCGGGCUGUAUGCUCCUCGAAAGUUACCAUCGAUUAGAACCCGAGAAUCUGAGAAUCGAAAAGAAGCAGAAAAUGGCGAUAUCGAUGGCGAAGUUUUCGAUAGGACUGAGAGAGAAACUUUUAAGCUUGAGCUUUAUCGCAGUGAUCCUAUGGUGGAUGUCAGAGGGCUCAAAAGUAUGGGAGGGCAGCAAAAUGCAAUGCCUCACAGCCCUAGGGACCCGGAGGAUUACUCGAUGGAUGAUGCUGGCCCUAGUGAUAAUCCGGGCUAUGUAUCUCUGUUUAUAGAGACUCAGAUCGGAAAGAUGGGAACCUUGAUGGGUGUCUUUGUACCAUGUUUUCAAAACAUCAUGGGCAUCAUCUUUUACAUCCGAUUUACAUGGAUUAUUGGAAUAGCUGGAGUUUGGAACAGUCUCUUGCUGGUCUGUUUCUGCUGCUUUUGCACAUUUCUGACUGCUAUCUCCCUCAGUGCUAUUGCCACCAAUGGAGCAAUGAAGGGUGGGGGUCCAUACUAUCUGAUAGGACGGGCACUUGGUCCUGAGGUUGGCGUGAGUAUCGGACUCUGUUUCUUCCUGGGAAACGCUGUUGCUGGAGCUAUGUAUAUUCUAGGAGCUGUGGAGACGUUUUUAGAUGCUAUUCCUGCUGCAGAUAUUUUCCGGCGAACUACAACUGAUUUGUAUGUUGCGCCUUCCCCUUCGGCAGUGCCCGAAGUACUGCAAAGUCCUAGUAUACAUGACCUUCAGGUUUAUGGUCUUAUAUUCACAGCUGUACUUUGCGUAAUAGUAUUUGGUGGGGUCAAAAUUAUCAACAGGGUCAGCCCGGCAUUUUUGAUGCCUGUGAUUCUAUCUCUUUUCUGCAUAUUCAUAGGUAUUUUUACAGCAGGUCGGCAUAGUGAUUCAACUGGGAUAACGGGAUUGAAAGCGAGUACUUUACGAGAGAAUUUGGGUUCUCGCUACCAAUACACGAAUGAUGCAGGAAUACCUGCUCGUACUGGUUACUAUUGGGAUUUUGAGAGCUUACUUGGCUUGUUCUUUCCUGCGGUCACCGGAAUCAUGGCGGGAUCUAAUCGAUCUGGUUCACUCAAGGACACUCAACGUUCCAUACCAAGGGGGACCUUAUCUGCUAUUGCUGCUACCGCUACUAUAUAUCUUGUUUCUAUAAUAAUGUUUGGAGCUGUUGCUACACGGAAUGAAUUGUUAACUGACAGGUUAUUGACUGCAACAAUUGCAUGGCCAGUUCCAUGGGUUGUUCAAAUUGCAAUCGUUCUUUCUACACUUGGGGCUGCUCUUCAGAGUCUGACAGGGGCCCCUCGGCUGCUUGCUGCGAUCGCUAAUGAUGACAUCAUCCCUGUGCUGAAGUACUUCAAAGCGCCGGACGAUGAGGAGCCUUAUUAUGCAACGAUUUUUACUAUAUUCAUCUGUGCUGGCUGUGUCGUCCUCGGCAAUUUAGAUCUUAUCAGUCCUGUCACGACCAUGUUUUUCCUGCUUUGCUAUGGAGGAGUCAAUCUGUCUUGUUUCCUACUGGAUUUACUUGAUGCACCGAGUUGGAGACCUAGAUUCAAAUUCCAUCAUUGGAGUCUUUCUCUUCUCGGUGCUAUCAUAUGCAUCACUAUAAUGUUUAUGAUCUCGUUUGUAUUCACCAUAGUCGCCCUUGCGCUUGCCGCGUUGCUUUAUUGGUAUGUGAGCAUCAAGGGCAAAGGUGGUGACUGGGGUGAUGGAUUCAAAAGUGCCUACUUUCAACUUGCGUUGCGUAGUCUUCGGUCGCUUGGAGCCACUCCAGUGCAUCCAAAAAAUUGGUAUCCAAUUCCUCUCAUCUUCUGUAAGCCUUGGGGUAUCCUGCCCAGUGAUGUUCCAUGCCACCCCAAACUGGCAGAUUUUGCUAAUUGCAUGAAGAAAAAGGGACGUGGUAUGUCUAUAUUUGCAUCUAUCGUGGAGGGAGACUAUGAAGAAGAAGCGGAGGAAAGCCGAGUGGCUUGCCAACUACUUUCCACUUACAUCGAUCAUAAGAAAUGUGAGGGGGUUGCUGAGGUUGUGGUGGCUCCAAAUAUUGUUGAGGGUUUCCGCUUGAUUGUUCAGGCCAUGGGGCUCGCAAAUUUGAAGCCUAACAUUGUUUGUAUGCGCUAUCCUGAGAUAUGGAGGGAGCAGAGAGGUAGCAAUAUCCCGGAGAACUUUGUCAGUAUCAUCAACGAUUGCUCAUUAUCCAACAAAGCAGUUGUUAUUGUUAAAGGUUUAGAUGAAUGGCCUGGAGAGUUUCAAAAGCACUAUGGGACUAUUGACCUGUAUUGGAUUGUUCGAGAUGGUGGUCUUAUGCUACUUCUAUCCCAGUUGCUUCGUGCUAAAGACUGUUUUGAGAGUUGUAAGAUUCAGGUGUUCUGCAUUGCUGAAAAGGACAGUGAAGCUGUUGAGUUGAAAACAGAUGUGAAGAAGUUUUUAUACGAUUUGCGUAUGCAAGCUGAUGUUAUCGUGGUGACAAUGAAGUCUUGGGAAGAUCACCGCGAAGAUGCUCAAGUUGCUGAAAUACCAGGACGAGAUGAGGCUAUGGAAAAUUUCUCCAAAGCCCGCAAAAGAAUCGCUCAGCAGACUCUUGAAUCUUUGAAGAGAACAGGAAGCAGCAGCAACAACCCCUCUGAAUCUGCCGUACCCGCGGUAGAUGAACAGCAGGUCAAUAAAUUUUUGUACACGUGCUUGAAACUGAACUCCAUUAUCAUGCGAUAUUCAGGGCCUGCUGCCGUUGUUCUGGUCAGUUUGCCCCCACCUCCUCAACAUCACCCGGCUUACUGCUACAUGGAGUACAUUGAUCUUCUUGUUGCAAAUAUCCCUAGAAUGCUCAUGGUCCGUGGUUAUAGUCGAGAUGUGGUCACCAUUUUCACUUAAAGAGAGGGCGAAUGACCCUGUUUCACCCUUGGUAAGUGCCGAAGAUAUUCACCUUGUGCAUUCACCACUUCUACUGGAUUGUUACUACUGAGGUUACCAACUUAGCUAAGGCGGCUAUUGACGAUAGAUGUAUCGCAGUUCCGUUUCCAAUCGUUCUUAGGCCUUCAUAGAGUCUCAAUGGAAGUCUCAAAUUUGGAUCGACUUCCUGUUCGUUAGACAUGCAUAGCCCCUGACCAUUGUUGGGUAAUCCAAUUUUUUCUCCCUAGUGCGGUAGAGAAGGGCCAUACUGGAGGUGCAGGACAUAGACCUGCCCGUUAUAGGGUUGACGGACCCAUCAUUUUAAUCAGAUCUUUAAUCGGUUACCAAACUGAUAAAAUGUACCAAAUCCAAGAUCUAGUAUGAAGUUAUCCUUCUUUCCAACCAUUGCAUGAAUGUAGUGAUGAUUAGUCAUCAGAGAAUUGGGAUGCUUUGCAGGUUUUAUGGGGCUUUGUUGUCUCAAUUAUCAUUGUAUUUGAUUGCUGAAUUUUCAGCAGGAAUCAAAA